CACCUUCCUCUUCCUCACCAGACAUCGUGCGUGAAGACUGAUCUGGGCUUCGUCUAGAGACUGAUAGACGGCAUUGAGCAGCAUGGCAGUAGGCAAAGCAAAGCAGCGAACAAAAGGCUUGGCGCAAAGAGCUGGUCAGCAACAGGCGGAUGGACAGCAAGCAGGCGUCAAAAAGGCAGUCUAUGAAUCAACGAAGAAGCGAACUGUAGGUGUGGAUGAUCUGUGUCUCUUGUCCAAGAUCUCCAAUGAGGCCAUCAACGAAAACUUGCGCGUUCGGUAUGAGAAUAAGGAGAUUUACACGUAUAUUGGACAUGUGCUUAUUAGUGUCAACCCGUUUCGGGACCUGGGCAUAUAUACCGACGCGGUGCUUGGCUCCUAUCGGGGUAAAAACAGGUUGGAGAUGUCACCGCAUGUGUUUGCAACGGCAGAGGCAGCCUACUACAACAUGAAGUCUUACCAUGAGAACCAGUGUAUCAUUAUCUCUGGCGAGUCUGGUGCAGGAAAGACUGAAGCAGCCAAACGUAUCAUGCAGUACAUCGCAAAUGUCUCUGGUGGUCAAGAUUCAAGCAUCCAGCGUGUCAAGGAUAUGGUGCUUGCAACCAACCCGCUGCUUGAAUCCUUCGGAUGUGCCAAGACUCUACGCAACAACAACUCUUCUAGGCACGGCAAGUACCUCCAGAUUCAAUUCAAUUCACGUGGUGAACCAGUUGGAGCCAACAUCAUCAAUUAUCUCCUGGAAAAGAACCGCGUGGUCAGUCAAAUCAAGCAAGAGCGCAACUUUCACAUCUUCUAUCAAUUCGCAAAAGGCGCAUCAAAGGACCAUCGUGAACGUUUCGGCAUACAAGGACCAGAGGCUUAUUUGUACACAUCAAAGGCUGGUGCAUUGGAUGUACCUGGCAUUGACGACCUUGACGACUUCAAAGGCACACUCAAAGCAAUGGAGGUAAUUGGCAUGACACAGGCAGAGCAAGACGAAGUGUUUCGUGUGCUGGCCACUAUUCUUUGGAUUGGUAAUGUCCAGUUCAAGGAGAACCAAGAGGGAAAUGCCGCAGUAGCAGAUGAAGGUGUUACAAAUUUCGUGGCCUACCUGAUGGAAGUGGAUGCAAGCCUAGUUUGCAAAGCCAUCACCACAAGAACAAUCGAGACUGCGCGUGGUGGUCGUCGUGGCUCAUCUUAUGAGGUACCACUCAACAUUGCGCAAGCAUCUUCGCAACGAGAUGCGCUUGCUAAGGGUCUCUACAGUAACUUGUUUGAUUGGAUCAUUGCUCGCGUCAAUGCAGCUAUGGCCGUUCAGGGAGGUGGCACUGUCUCAACAUCCAUUGGUAUCCUCGAUAUCUACGGCUUUGAAAUUUUCGAAAAGAACAGCUUUGAGCAGCUGUGCAUCAACUAUGUCAAUGAAAAGCUGCAGCAGAUCUUUAUCCAGCUGACACUCAAGACUGAGCAGGAAGAGUAUGUUCGCGAGCAAAUCAAAUGGACGCCCAUCGACUACUUCAACAAUAAGAUUGUGUGUGACUUGAUUGAAGAGAAGCGACCGCCCGGCAUUUUCGCUGCAUUGAAUGAUGCGAUUGCCACUGCGCAUGCAGAUCCAACGGCAGCAGACAAUACCUUCACCCAAGGUCUCGCACGGCUGUCGACAAACCCUCACUUCGAGCAGCGACAGGGUUCCUUCCUGGUCAAGCAUUAUGCAGGUGAUGUCAUGUAUGCUGUGCCGGGCUUGACUGAUAAGAACAAAGAUCAGCUCAUCAAGGAUGUGCUCGAUCUCAUCAAGUCUUCGCAAAAUCGCUUCUUGCAAAACUUAUUUCCAGAACAAGUGGAUCAAGACAACAAGCGCAGGCCACCUACGGCUGGUGAUAAGAUCAAGGCGUCUGCCAAUGAUCUCGUCAACACUUUGAUGCAAUGCCAGCCCCACUACAUCCGAACCAUUAAGCCAAAUGAGAACAAGUCGCCUACAGAGUUCAAUAAUGCCAAUGUUGCCCAUCAAGUCAAGUACCUUGGUUUGCAGGAGAAUGUGCGCAUUCGUCGUGCUGGAUUUGCCUAUAGGCAGACGUUUGACAAAUUUGUUGAGCGAUUCUACCUCCUGUCUCCCAAAACUGGAUACGCUGGCGACUAUAUUUGGCAAGGUGAUGCCAAAUCAGGCGUCAUGCACAUCCUCAAGGACACGGGUAUUCCUGCAGAAGAGUUCCAGAUGGGAACAUCGAAAGUUUUCAUCAAGUCGCCAGAGACACUCUUCGCACUGGAGCACAUGCGUGAUCAAUUCUGGCACAACAUGGCACGUCGUAUUCAACGUGCGUGGCGGGCGUAUAUGCGCUACAAGAAUGAAUGUGCCAUCAAAAUACAGCGCAUGUGGCGUAAGGAUAAGGUGAAUCUUGAAUUUUUGAGAAUUCGCGACUCUGGUCAUGCCUUAUUGAACGGACGCAAAGAGCGUCGUCGUAUGAGUCUUUUGGGUUCGCGUAAGUUCAUGGGCGACUAUUUGGGCUCUGGCGCAACAUCAGGUCCUGGUGCUGUUGUUAGACGAUCUGCGCAAGUUCCAGCGGAUGAGCGAGUGGUCUUCUCUGGCAGAGUCGAAGUGCUUAUUUCAAAACUUGGCCGCUCUUCAAAGCCAAGUCCACGUACAUUGAUUGUGACGGAUAAGGCCGUCUAUCUCAUCAUUGCAACCAUGGCUCAAGGUCAAUUGCAACUUGCCAUUGAGCGACGUGUCCCAACCGGUCAACUCAAGUACAUGGCGCUUUCGACAUUGCGAGACGAUUGGGUUGGUCUGGGGGUAGGUGACCCACAAGCGCCAGAUCCAUUCUUCUCAUGCGUCUUCAAGACUGAGUUGGCCGUCAUUCUCAAGCGUCUCAACAGAGGUAUGGAUAUCCGUGUGGGUCCAACGAUCGACUAUUGCAAGAAGCCCGGAAAAAUGACGCAAGUCAAGUUUGUGCGCGACGAAGCCAUCAAGCGUGACGACAUGUACAAGAGUGGUGCAGUACAUGUAUCCACAGGAGAGCCUGCGAAUAGCGUGUCACGGCCCUUCCCUAGGAAGAAGACGGUUGCCUAUACAUCAACCAGGAAGCAAGCAGCGCCCCGAGCGACAGCUGGACGUCAACGCGCACCUGUCGCACCACAACAACAACGACAGCCUGUUGCAGCUUCCGCUGUUCCGCGCGCACAAAAUCAAAUGGCCUCGUCCGCUGCUGCUUCUGCCAUGCGUGUCGUACAACCUGCUCAAGCAAGUGCUGGCAACAAUCUUGCGCCUGCUCUUGCAUCGACGCAUAUCACACCGAAAGCAGCAACGGCUGGACCUUCUCGUACAGGGCGGGCACCACCGCCUCCACCACCACCUCCAGCGGCUAAACCCAGUAAGCCUGUUUACGUUGCACUCUAUGACUUUGUUGGACAGACUGCGGGUGAGUUGAGCAUGACUGCUGGCGAAGUCAUUGAGAUUGUAUCCAAGGAAGACAACGGAUGGUGGCUAGGUCGUAAGAAUGGUGUUGAAGCGUGGGUCCCAGCGAACUAUGUUGAAGAGCGUAAACAGACUCGUGCUGCUCCGCCUGCACCGCCUGGUCCUGCUGCUGCGGCGGGUCCCAGUGCAAAUGGUGCUGCUGGUCAGGGUCAAGGAUUGACGGGCCUUGCUGCUGCGUUGAAGAAUAGGAAUCAGGCUGUCAAUGGCGCUGAGGAUGAAGAUGAUUGGUGAUUGCAUGUGCUUAUUCGUAGACUUUUGUAGAGCCUUUCGAAGCUACUGCUGCUGCUGAUACUC